UUUAUUCCUGUUUGGACAGGUGCAUCAGCGAAUCCUACUUCCCAUGUGUGGGAGAACGGAGGUGGGGCCCGGGAUUGCGUCUCUGUUAACACCUCCGCAGAUUCAGCGUGAAGCAGGGAGAGAGAAACACAGACGUGCAGACCGAAUGAAUAGAAAGAGGAGGACAGAGGGAGCGAGAGAGAAGAGUGUAAGAGACGAAAUAUAUAUUUGACUGUGUGGGUGUGUGAAGUACCAAGGCAUGCAUCAUAAUUGUGGAUUCUUCUUGGAGCAGCCGGACGUGUCAGUGCAGCAGCAGGACGUUAUUGGUCCCACAAAGUGUGCUGUUUUCUACUUACAAACAUUGGAAGCUGUGAGCCACUCAAGAGACAAAAUGGAAACGGUUUGGUUUCUGCUGCUGCAAGGAUUUUAUUAACUGGGACUAUUAAAAAAACACAAUUAGACCAUAAUUGAAGGUGUGGAGACUAGGAAAGGAUGAUGAUGCCCCUUCACUGUCAAUAGCCAACACUUCAAGUCACGAAUUUAUCUGAGAUGGCCGUCAGCCCUGUCGUCGUCCUCUUUGUGUCGCUGAUUGGCUCUGGCUCAUCCCACCCCUCUCCUCCUCCCCGGGGGUGCAGCGUGGAUGUGGACCCUCUGUACAGAGUGCUGUGUGACCUGGAGUCGGUCUGGGGCGUGGUCCUGGAGGCCGUGGCCUGCAGCGGCGGCCUGGCUUCUCUGUUCAUCGCUGUCCUCCUGCUGGUCAAGCUUCGCUUCAUUUCCGACCCCGCCAGGCGCUCCGGCACGGGGCCUCUUCUCCUGCUGCUGGGCACGCUCCUCGGGCUCUUCACUAUCUCUCUGGCCUUCUUGGUGGGGAAGAACCAGGCGCUGUGCGUGGUCCGCAGGGCCUUCUGGGGGCCCCUGUUUGCCCUCUGCUUCUCCAGCUUGCUAGUGCAGGGCGUGAGGCUCAGGAGGCUGGUGGCGGGCGAGACGAGCCCCUCAGGCAGCUCGUUGGCUGCGCUGGGUUUGGCCUUGGCCUUGGUUCAGGGCAUCAUCUCUGCCGAAUGGGUCUUGCUGACUGUAGUCAGGGAGGGUCACCCGGCCUGCGAAUAUCCGCCUUUAGACUUUGCUCUGACGUGCAGCUACACCCUGGGGCUGCUCCUCAUAGCCAUGGGGCUUUCUUUAGGGGUGGUGCUGUGUGGAGGAGAGAUGGGAGCCGAGGGAGGAGGCGGGAGCGAAGAAGACAGAGAAGGAGAGGAUGAAAAACGGAGAUGGAAGUGCAACGCCGUCUGGCUCUUCCUGUCCAGUCUGGCAUCAGCGUUGCUGUGGGUGGCUUGGCUGGGGUUUUAUCUUUAUGGCAGCCAGACGCUGAGGGGGAAGGGAAAAGGGGAAAGGUCAGGAGGAGGAGGAGGAGGAGGAAAUAAGGAUGCCAAGGGGUUGGAUGAGCCGGCGUUGGCGGUGGCGUUGGUCGUUCAGGGCUGGAUCCUGCUGCUGCUCCACGCGAUUCCAGAGGCGCACCUGUGUCUCCGAAACCCUCCACCGUCCAACACGCAAGACUUCUUCAACACCAGUCACACGUCUGCGCCGCCACAUUUCGGAGAUGAGCACCCAGCACACUCACACCGACCCUUCCCUGAAAACCAGGCUUUUUCUAUGGAGGAGCACGGUGCAACGCUCCGAAGCGGAACGUACCACAGCAGCCAAGGGAGCAUGCGUCCCGGCGUAGCCUUCAGGGGCCACGUCUACCAACCCACUGAGAUGGCACUGGUCAUGAAUGGUGGAACAAUGCCCACAGCACCAGUCAACUACACUGGACGACGGUUAUGGUAAUAAUGGACCAUACAUGGGUUUGUGGUUGUGGAAUUUCCGGUUGCCUAAGAAGAAGAAGAAGAAGAAGAAGGAGGAGGAUAUGUUAAGGCCACCACAUAUCACACAGAAUGGGUUAGACUGCAGCUGAAAAAAUGCCCACAAAUGUAGGAAUUUUACAGCUUUUAACAGUAUUUUUUGUCUAGGUUUUCUGUGACGCCUCAGAGUGAGUGCACACAAUGGAGGGAAGAGAAAGUAAAAGAGCUUACUGAAUUUAAUUGAAAUUACAAUAUGUAAACAAAUGCACUGACAUGGAGCUUAUGAGGAGGGUUAAUGUUGUCUACGGUUAACAUCUAAGACCAGUGUUCAGUGUGGUUUUGGCCCGGAGAAAGUAACAAUGAUUAUUUGAACGUAGUAGACAUUUUGUGUGUGCAGCUCGAAAUGAAUGUUGUUACUUACUGAUCAGUGAUGUUCUCUUCAUAGAAACAACACUUUCCUUUCCUUUCUAUCUCGCGUCAAGCUAUGACAGAGAAAAGACAAAGCUUUAGGUUGUUUAUGUAAAUUACCUGCAAACGCCCACAAAGCUUGCUUGCCAUCUGUAAUACGUGCUGGAAAGACCCAAAAGGCCUCAGUGCGAUUCCCUCCAUGUCUCCAUUCACCAGUGCUACUUUGCCCAUUUCGCCCUGUGUAUUGAUAUAUAUUUCAUGCAUUUAAUAUGGCUUGUGCAGAAUUCUGGGGGUGGUCGUUUGAAAUACAAAAUGCGUUGGAUAAAUCAUUUUUUUGUACAUCAUAAGAACCCAUUUAAUACUGAAAUACUUAUUCUGCAAUAAGUUUUGCUGUUUAAGGUUGUAAUUUUGCAAUUUAUCCUUAAAUGGAUUUGGGAUGUACAAUAAUUUCAGACACACUUUAGUGCAGUUUAAAAGUAAUGUAUUUUGUCCAAAUGAAUUGUAUUUUGAGUGUUUUCUAGAAUUUUUAUAUAAAUAUGAUAGUAUGAUAGAGAAAUAGACUUUUAGAGUUGCAAAGUUCAUUCUUGACAUCGGAGACAACAAUGACAAAACCAUCUGUUGUGGUCAGAAACAUCUACAAUUCCAUAUCAACUGGGCAAAAUCUGCAGAGGAAGACCAAGUUCUAAGCUGAAGAGCUCUGGAACAACAACUAAAUGGACUUGGAGGUUUGACUGUUUUUCUUGCUACUGAUCAUACUUGUAUAUGGCGACAUCUCAUUAUAUUCUGGCAUGCAGGAUCCCUUUAAAUUUAAACUUCUGUUAAAAAUGCAGUGUUGCUUGAAAGUUUGUGAACCCUCCCGACAGGCUCAUUGUGUUUGAACAAAAAGGUAAAAUAACCUUUUAAAAUGUAAAUCCAAACACCAAUUUGUAAAGCAGACUUUCCAAAUAAUGGACACAAACAAAGACAAAUGCAUUUUCAUCAUUUACUCCACAAGAGUGGUUUAUCUUACAAAAACUGAAAAUGUGCAAAAGUAUGUAAACCAUUUAAGUUAAUAGCUUGUGGGACCUCCUUUUGCAGCCAUUUCUUCAACCAAUCGUCUUCUGACCAGUCUCUCGCUGACUGGUGAUGGGGACAUUUUUGCACUCCUCCUUGCAGAACUCAGCCUGUUGAGACGGGUUGGAGGGACAUGUGGCUUUUACCGCCUGCUUCAGAUCUAGGUGCUUCUUGGUGAUGUGGUGUUGAUGGGCUUCCAGGCAGAGUCGAGGUCAUGUCGAAGGCCGCCCAUUUGUAAAGGAUUUGUCUCACACUGGAUGGAUGCAGCUGGAAUCUUUUGCAGAUGCUCUUAUAGAUUUCCCCAGGCUGAUGGGCUGGCAGUACCUUCUUCCUGAUGUCCUCGGAUAUCUCCUUUCCUCUCGGCAUUGUUGACCUGUGUGGGUACACCUUGGCACUACAGUAGUUUGCUUGGUUUCCUCUCUCUUUUAAUCUGCGUUGCCCAACCUGAUUCCUAAGGAUGUCUCAUUUGAUUAGUCUGCUUAAUUAACUUAUUAAGCACCCAAAUGUUUUUUACCUCAAUCUAAUAAAUUCUUGACUUUACCAACGCAGCUGGUUCACUUACACUAAACCUAUGUUGCAUGUCAUUUCGGGCUACUCAUCCAAUUUCCUCUAAAAGAGUACAUGCAAUGGAUAAACAUAAUCCUGACAUUUAAUAUACGUAAAACUGGUGAUGAUAAAAUAUGGAAAUCUAUGGAAAUAAAAUAAAAUAAGAAAAAAGUCUAAACUGCUCAAGGGGUUCACAUACUUUUAAGCGGCACUGUAGAGAAAACCUUUAGUCAUCCAUCACUGUGAAUUUACCUGAAACACAUUCUAACGCAUGUAUACUGCUUGAAUUUUGGCCCCACGGUGAAACGCAUUUCUGCAGACACUGAACUCUGAGGCAGCUUUAUACUUGAGUUCAGGGUUGCAGUUUUCAUUUCCUGACCAACUCUGAAUUCAUUUGAGGACAUUUAAUCGAGUCACAAUACAAUUCAGAGUAACCAUGUGAAUGUUGUGACCAUUCUGUACUUGCUGUAAGACUUAGCUAACUAAAAAACUUGCUUCUGUGUACAAUUGUGCGUCCAGGUAUGUAAAUUGAAAACUUUUUGAUCACAGGAUUUGUAUGUAUUUACCCUAUAUAAGAGAAUUUUUAUUGUGUCAAUAUUCCAAAUGUAAAAAUUGUAUUUUCCAUUUGAGAUGCUCCUAUGAUGCACUGUUUGUGCACGGUUGUGUGUUUCGGGCAGCGUAACAUGAAUGUCUGUAUUGUAAUCGGCACAAAGUGGCUAAUACAUCAGUGCAUAUUUUA